AUGGCUGAUGGUGAUGGUAAUGAAACAGAUGGAACUGACAGUGGAAGUGUAAACCACUUCUUGUUGCCAAACAGCUGGGUUGGAUGGGCCAAAAUUAUUUUUAAAGUUAUUGCUUGGUUGAUUUAUUAUUUAUUGGUAGUAAUCUCAUUAGUAGGGUUCAUUAUUUCAUCUGCGUUGGUAUUGACAAAUAAAAUCAAGAACAGAGAUUUUCAACAGAAUCAAAAUGAAGAAAUAGAAAAUUUAAUCAAAUCAUGUUCAAUUGUAACACGGUUUAUCUCCAGGAAAAAUCUAGAAGCUGCAACUGCACUUUCGGAGUUUGAUUUUGAUUUCAAAAAACACAAGAAUCAAUUUGAAGAACAAUUGGAAGAAAUCAGAAGUUUAAAAAAUAUUCAAUAUCUGGUAUGUCCAAACAUCAAUCAAACAGUAUUUGAAAACACUAGUGAAGAAACAAAAACUGAAUGGGCAGAUUCAAUUUUAUCCAACUCCAACCAUUACAUAUCAAAUCUAGGAAACUUCAUCUCAAUUAAUUUAUAUGGUAAUAAAACAACAAAUGGAUUAAUAACAAUUGUGGAUUAUCAUAUCAAAAUAAUUCAACUUUGGAUGUUAUUUAGCAGUUUUUUGAUUUUGGUUUAUUUGAUUAUAUUGACAAUGGCUACAAGUAAUCUUCACUAUAGUAUUCCAAAGUUUUUGGGAUUGAUGCUUUUGUUAUUAGUUGAAAUUGUAGUUCUUUUACUAGUUAUUUAA